CACACAGUCACUGCGACCGAGAGGAGAAAUGGAGCAGAACCAGCUGGACCGAGAAACCUUGUCCUGUUCGAUCUGUUUGGAUCUACUGAAGGAUCCGGUGACUAUUCCCUGUGGACACAGCUACUGUAUGAAGUGUAUUAAAAACUUCUGGGAUGAAGAGGAUCAGAAAGGAAUCCACAGCUGCCCUCAGUGCAGGGAGACCUUCACACCGAGGCCCGUUCUGAAGAAAAACACCAUGUUUGCAGCUUUAGUGGAGCAGCUGAAGAAGACUGGACUCCAAGCUGCUCCUGCUGAUCUCUGCUAUGCUGGACCUGAAGAUGUGGCCUGUGAUUCCUGCUCUGGAAGAAAACUGAAAGCCAUCAAGUCCUGUUUAUUCUGUCUGGCCUCUUUCUGUGAGAAACACCUUCAGCCUCAUUAUGAUUCAGCUGCAUUUAAGAAACACAAGCUGGUGGAGCCCUCCAAGAACCUCCAGGAGAACAUCUGCUCUCGCCACGACACAGUGUCAGCUGCAGCAGAAAGGACUGAGAGGCAGAGAGAGCUGGAGGUGAGACGAGAAAACAUCCAGCAGAGAAUCCAGGACAGAGAGAAAGAUGUGAAGCUGCUUCAACAGGAGCUGGAGGCCAUCAAGCACUCUGCUGAUAAAACAGUGGAGGACAGUGAGAAGAUCUUCACUCAGCUGAUCCGUCUCAUCCAGAAAAGAAGCUCUGAUGUGAAGCAGCAGAUCAGAUCCCAGCAAGAAACUGAAGGGAGUCGAGUCAAAGAGCUUCAGGAGAAGCUGGAGCAGGAGAUCACUGAGCUGAAGAGGAAAGACGCUGAGCUGAAGCAGCUCUCAGACACAGAGGAUCACAACCAGUUUCUCCACAACUACCCCUCACUGUCAGCACUCAGUGAGUCUACACACUCAUCCAGCAUCAAGAUCCGUCCUCUGAGCUACUUUGAGGAUGUGACAGCAGCUGUGUCAGAGCUCAGAGAUCAACUACAGGACAUCCUGAGAGACGCAUGGACAAACAUCUCACUGAGACUCACUGAGGUGGAUGUUUCACUGUCAGAACCAGAACCAAAGAGCAGAGCUGGAUUCUUGAGAUAUUCAUGUGAAAUCACACUGGAUCCAAACACAGCCGACAAUGAGCUGUUACUAUCAGAGGGGAACAGGAAGGUGACAUUUAUGGAUCAACCUCAGUCUUAUUCUAGUCAUCCAGACAGAUUCACUGUUUAUUCUCAGGUUCUGAGUAGAGAGAGUCUGACUGGACGUUGUUACUGGGAGGUGGAGUGGAGAGAGAGAGUUUAUGUAGCAGUCGCAUACAAGAAUAUCAGCAGAGCAGGAUAUGAGAGUUUAUUUGGAUAUAAUGACAAAUCUUGGGCAUUAGAUUGUUACCAAGGAGGUUAUCAAUUUAUUCACAACAACAUCUGGACCUCCAUCUCAGGUCCUGGUUCCUCCAGAGUAGGAGUGUACCUGGAUCACAGAGCAGGUAUUCUGUCCUUCUACAGCGUCUCUGAAACCAUGACUCUCCUCCACAGAGUCCAGACCACCUUCACUCAGCCGCUACAUGCUGGAGUUUGGGUUGAAGGUUCUGCUGAGUUCUGUAAACCCAAAUAGACAGAAUCCACUGAAGGUUCAGUGACUUUGAUUCUGGUUUUUAAAUCUCCAGCAGAUUAUUUUCUUGAUUGUUGUUGUUUUAUGUCUAAACUGCACAGAAAUCAAUAGUCAGAGAUUGUCAGCACUUGUUUUCCUUCAGAAUUGAUGUUCUGGUUCUGUUGGGUUUGUUCAUUUCUCAACAUUGUUUUCUAAACCAGCUGAUCAGCACCAGAAUA